AUGUACAAAAGUGAUGUAGAUUGUAGACGACAAAUGUGUUUUGGUCGAAACUGGGAACCAGAAACUAGGUAUAAGAACCGUUACAUGAGUAAUGGUAUGGAACCACUGCCGAUCCCAGAUGAACUUAUCUCAUUGGCCGAAGCUGCAAUUCAAGAUGCUCAAAUCCAUUUGGAUGAACUUCCUUCAAUGCGCCCGGAUACCUGUUUAGCCAAUUUUUAUCAAUCCGAAGGUCGACUUGGCCUUCAUCAGGAUAAUGAUGAGAGCCCUGAUUCUCUAGAAAGAGGAUUGCCUGUGGUUUCCAUCUCCAUUGGUGAUAUGGCAGAAUUUGUGUAUGGCCAUACUCCAGAUAAAAAAGAGUUGAAAAGUGUAAUGUUGAAGUCAGGUGAUGUAUUGAUAUUCGGUGGCAAGUCUAGACUAAUUUAUCACGGGGUGACACAAAUCUAUCUGUACACAUCUCCUGAGCCAUUAAUAGAAGAAAGCGGGCUUAGGCCAGGCCGUCUACCCCUUACUCUAAGGCAAUUUUAA